AAUCUGUCAAAUUCAAUCUGUCAGAAUGAAAUUGACAGAGGUUUCAUAAUAAGAACAUAACCUCAAAAGUAAAAAUACAAAACAAAAAAUGCGAUUAAUUAAUUUAUUUAAGAAUUUAACAUUAAGUUCACAAGUGCAGGUAGUGCGUUAUAGUUCGGAGUAUGUGCCGAAAGCACUUCGUAGUUUGAAAGCCAAGUCUACGCGGAAUACUGUUCAGUUUUAUGUUGAUUCGUUCCGAGUCCGAGCCGUUGGCGGAUCUGGUGGCGAUGGAUGUAUAUCUUUCCUCAGUGCGUGGUGUAAGGACCAUGCGGGACCUGAUGGCGGAGACGGCGGAAACGGUGGACAUGUUAUUUUCCAGGCAACGUAUGCAGCUAAGAGUCUCAACCACUGCAAGUCUGUAGUACAAGCGCGGCCCGGAGAGCGAGGAUUUAAUAAGGAGUGCAACGGGAAGAAUGCACAGCAUGUCAUCGUGCCAGUACCUAUUGGUACAAUAAUCCGCGACGAGACUGGUCGCGUGGUGGGUGACUUGAGUUCCGAGGGUGUGAUGUUCGUGGCAGCGAGGGGGGGCGCCGGGGGGAGGGGGAACAAAUUCUUCCUCACCGAUACUGAGCAGGCGCCGAGCGUGGCGGAACUGGGGGCAGUGGGUGAGAGCAACGUGUACACGCUGGAGGUGCGGUCCAUGGCACACGUGGGACUCAUCGGGUAUCCUAACGCUGGUAAGAGCACACUGCUCCGCGCGCUGACGCGGGCGAGGCCGACUGUGGCGCCCUACCCAUUCACCACUCUACGACCGCAUAUAGGUAUGGUGCCAUUUGAUGAUUACGAACAAGUUGCGAUAGCUGACCUCCCAGGUUUGAUUCCUGGCUCACACAAGAACUAUGGAUUAGGAAUCCAGUUCUUACAACAUGCGGAGCGAUGUCGAGGCCUGAUAUACCUUCUGGAUGGGGCUCAAGAUCCUCAAGAACAGUAUGAGGUGCUCCGCUACGAGCUCUCACAAUACAGCGGAGCCCUAGCGCUCCGCCCCGCUACCCUGGUCAUCAACAAGAUCGACCUGCCCGAGGCGAGGAGAACUUAUGAAAUUGUCAAAGAGAAAAUGGAUGUGAUUGGUGUUUCUGCGAAGACCGGGCUCAAUUUGGACAGACUAAUACAGAUUGUGAGAAAAAUGUAUGAUAAUUCUACUAGUUAAUAUUAAUAGUGGUUAAUUAGCUUCCGCCCGCAGCUUCGCCGGCGUGGUAUGUUGAUGAAAAGUAGCCUAUGUCCUAUUCCGGAGUGUAUGAGUGUAUCUAUUUGCCUGUGCCAAAUUUCAUCGAGAUCCGUCUAGCGAUUUUGGCGUUAUUGAGUAAUAAACAUCCAAACAUCCCAAUCCCUAUCCCCCCCCCCCCCUUUCUUUAUCCCGUAAGUCAUUCGGUUUUACAAGUGUCCAUGGGCGGCGCUGAUUGCUUCAUCAUCAUCAUCAUCAGCCUAUAAGUGCCCACUGCUGAGCAAAGGCCUCUUCUCAUACGGAGAAGGUUAGAGCAUUAAUCACCACGCUUGCUCAAUGCGGGUUGGUGAUUUCAAACUUAUAAUUAGAAAUUAUAAGUCCAGGUUUCCUCACGAUGUUUACCUUCACCGUAUGCUGAUUGCUUACCAUCAGGUAAUCCGACAGCUCGUUUGCCGACCAAAUACCGCCUUAUCCAUCACUAUCACUGCAUAGUAUAAAACAAAGUCGCUUUCUCUGUCCCUAUAUCCCUAUGUACGCUUACAUCUUUGUAACUACGCAACGGAUUGUAAUGCGGAUUUUUCAAUAGAUAGAGUGAUUGAAGAGGAAGGUUUAUAUGUAUAAUAACAUCCAUUAAAUAGUGG